AGAGAUAAUAGGAAUGCAUAACGAGCCAUGUCUGUACUAUUUACAGACCGCGACCGUCCUACGAUGUAUAAAUGUUUACGAAUAGCUCGAUCGGCAUAUUACACAAGUCGUUCGAAUAGUUCGAAGGCUUCGCGAACCAGUCUACGUUUCCGGCCGAAAAAUUCUCGAACAUAAAUCGUAGGUUAAGGGGUUAACAAUAUUUUCUCACGCAUUCAAAAAAGGAGCGCUUGAAUUCAACUAAGGAGAAGCUUCGCGAUGGAAAUUAAAGGAAAAACAGCUAUUGUCACGGGUGCAGCCAGUGGAAUCGGCCUGCAGUAUGCACAUGACUUACUGAAAAAUGAUGCAAAGAAAGUCGCUAUUCUUGACUUACCAACUUCAAACGGUCAAAACUCCGCAGCGGAACUAGAAAAGGAGUUCGGAAAAGGCUCUGCUGUGUUUUACAUUUGUGACGUAACAAAUGCCCAACAGCUUGAAGAUACAUUCAAAGAAGUGAUCAACGAUUUUAAACAACUGGACAUAUUAGUUAACAACGCCGGCAUAAUGAAUGACAUUCGUUACGAAACGAUGGUCAAUCUUAACUUGCUCGGCCUAAUUCGCAGUACUUUACUGGCUUUAGAUCAUAUGGGAAAGCAUAAAGGUGGCGCAGGCGGUACAAUUGUUAACAUUUCUUCCGUAGCUGGUCUAGUUGGGUUUCCAGAAAUGCCGAUAUACGUAGCUACGAAACACGCUGUUAUAGGAUUCUCUCAGGCGUUGAAGGGUAAAUUCGACACGACGGGAGUGCGGAUACUGACGUUAUGUCCAGGCGCCACCGUAACUCCACUGGUAACUGAAGCGAAAGAUAUUUAUCUUGAUUUUGUGGAUAAAUAUAUUGCUUACGAAACGCUUUUACAGUUAGAGCAUCAAUCCGUUCAACACGUAUCAGAUGCAUUUAUUGAAUUACUCAAUUUUGGAGAAAAUGGCGCUUUUUGGGUAGUCGAAAAUGGUAAACUGCCAUAUGCAAUCAAUCUCCCGGAUUAUCAUACACUUACUGUACCAAUUGAAAAAAAAAAGUGAAAUCGAGGCAUCAAUUUGUAUAUUUUUUUUUAUUCAAUUAUAAUUUGCUCGAGAGCACCACUCGCCUGGAGCAUUAACUAUUGCGUGUA